ACCGUGAUUCCAAGAAGACGUAAUAGACAUUUGGCACAUCGUACGUCAUCACCACCAACCAUAGAAAAGAAAACAACCCAUCAAGUUUCCCUUCACUCCAUCUUUCUUCAAGUAUUUUAGCGUUAGGAGAAGACUUGUUUUUUCUCCAAAUAGAAAAAUGGGUUUUGUGAAGGUUGUUAAAAAUAAACAAUACUUCAAACGGUACCAGGUGAAAUUCAAGAGGCGUCGUGAAGGUAAAACUGAUUAUUAUGCCCGUAAACGAUUGAUUGUGCAGGACAAAAACAAAUAUAACACUCCUAAGUAUCGUCUUAUUGUCCGUAUUUCAAAUCGUGAUAUAACAUGCCAGAUUGCAUACUCCCGCAUUGAAGGGGAUAAAAUUGUAUGUGCGGCAUAUUCCCAUGAGUUGCCUAAAUAUGGUGUCAAAGUUGGCCUAACCAACUAUGCUGCAGCAUACUGCACAGGUUUGUUGUUGGCACGUCGUCUAUUGAAACAAUUGGGCUUGGAUACUCUGUACGAGGGUAAUUUGAAUGUUGAUGGAGAUGAAUAUAACGUUGAAGGAGUUGAAGAUGGUCCAGGAGCCUUCAGGUGUUACCUUGAUGUUGGUCUCAACCGAACCACCACCGGAGCUAGAGUGUUUGCAGCCAUGAAGGGUGCAGUCGAUGGAGGUUUAAAUAUCCCUCACUCUACCAAGAGGUUCCCUGGUUACGACAGCGAGUCAAAAUCGUUCAAUGCUGAGGUUCACAGGAACCACAUCAUGGGAAAACAUGUUGCCGAUUACAUGGCUUCUUUGGAAGAGGAAGAUCCAGUUGCUUUCAAGAGGCAAUUUAGCAAAUAUAUCGAAUUGGGUAUUGCUGCUGACCAGGUUGAAGAUAUUUACAAGAAAGCCCAUGCUGCCAUCAGAGCAGAUCCGACAGCAGAAAAGAAGGAAACAAAGAAACCAGAAAACCAGAAGAGGUGGAACAGGAAGAAGCUUACUUUGGCCGAAAGGAAGAACCGUGUUGCACAGAAGAAGGCUUCUUUCUUGAAAAAAUUGGAAAAGACAGAGGAAUAGUUUUGUUUUAUUCCUUAAUAAAGUUGUAAUAAACAAACAA